AUGUCCCGAUUCUCUCGUUACGACACCGACGAAGAAAGAUUGCCGGAGGGCAUGACCCGGGUUGGCUAUGAUGCUGACACUCAGGUUUACACAUUCAAAGAUGCAGAUGGCAGUUACUGGGAGAGUGCUCCAGGCUGCCAAUAUGGACAGUUGACGCGGGUUGGUGAUGGGCACCCAGAUGAUGCCUCGGACACUGAGCCUUUCUUAUCGCAUAAUGACAUGUCGCCUUCCAAGUCGUGGCGAACGGAGCUGAUGCCACUCCUUAACUUUGGUGUCAUUAUUGGCGUGGCUCUUCUCGGUCUCUUCUGGUACCUCCAUUAUGCUGCAUCCGGUGGUGACAACAAUGCGCAGCCACUUUGUCACCCAGGCACCUCACCAUACGCCGUCCGGCAAGAUGACACUUGCUGGGCCAUUGGACACGAUCGGGGAAUCAGUGUCGAUGAUAUUUUACGCAAUAACAAGGGGCUGGAUUGCGACAGACUCAAUGUGGGCUCUGUUAUUUGCCUACCUGAUUAG